AUGAACUGGAGCGCAUGUUCGACCGCAAUCCCGGUGAACCUGCCGUUUACGGCGUUCAGGCGAAGGUGUCGACAGCUGCUCCACCGGAUCACGCGAGAGAACAAGGCUAAGCUGGGGGCCUCGCCGAACAACGACCCCAUUAGCCAUCUGCUCAGCAUGACAGACGACCAUGGCGACCGAUGCGACACGUUCAGCGUAUUGUGGUGGGGCUGGACGCGAAAAACUAAUGCUCCUCCUAAUCGUGGCAUCCUGAUGCUAACGGGUUCAGGAACAACGGAGGCCUUGCUCCACGUGGAUAAUCGCGAGGAGGACUAUAUGGCAGCUCGAAGAAGCUGUAGUAGCUACACGCAGCAGCCUGGUGCUCGUGACAAAAGCUACGGCGGUGCUGCUACUGGGCACACCGUGGCCCCCCAUGCAUCUCCGGUGAUCUGCUCAGGAUUAUCACGACGAGGAGGACUAUAUGGUAGCUGGAAGAAGCUGUAGUAGCUGCCCGCAGCAGCCUCAUGCUCAUGGCAAGGGCUCCAGCGGUGCUGCUGCUGGGCACACCCUCGCCUCCCACGCUGCAACCGUGGGGGUGCUGGCAAUGGCUACACCAUCUCCGGUGAUCUGCUCAGGUUCCCUUCUUCCUCUUCUACAUGCUCUCUAGGUUGGCUGCAGCUAUUUGGUGGUUGUCUCCUGUCGAGGACAUCAUAAAUAUAUUGGCCUUGUCUUGUUCUUUAGUACUAGUCCUACUCAUGCCUCCCCGAUGGACUUUGUUCCUCUUCAAGUUAUUUCCGUUUCCAAGUAAUUGUUUGCUUCUCAUUACGACAAUGCUUGUAGAAUGUAGAUACAUAUGAAUUCUCAAGCUUGUGUGUCAAGAUUUUGCUGUUGGCACCCUCAAGUUCGUCCCCCACCUCUUUUGGUUAAUAAAUGUCAGUGUUGUUGCUGCUGCUUAGGUAGUUGAUGAUCUUCUUAUAGAAGGACAUGGUUAAUUAAACUCUGCUUGUGUAUGUGAAGUGUGUUAUGCUUUUGGUGUUUAUAUAUGGGCUCUAGAGCAGCCCUUUAUCCAUAUUUAUUUCUGAAUUUAAAUCCUUAGUAUACUGAUUGAUUGUUUGAUCAACUUGUUCAAGUUCACAUGUAUACCUGAUAUGCUACUGAUUUUUACUUGCUGCCCUAUAUUUGUUUAUGCUAUUGGUGAGUUCUUGGUGAGUAUAUGAUCAAUAAAAUGACAUGGGAUUGUUCCCCAUGACAUGUAGAGC